UACCAAAGUUGCUCUUGUCAGCAACAACACACGCCACGUGAAGAGGCGGAAGACCCAAAGAAAAAAAAAAAAAAUAAAUAACCAAUAACAAAAUGCGAAAAUGAUGUUUGUGUUUUUAAAUCGAUUUGGGUAUUUUUAACAAGAAGAGUGUAAACAAAACGGGAACGGUGCGGCUAAUUUUCUUUUAUUUUGGCAUUUUGUCAGGCGGAAGAACGAAUCGCAAAUAAAAAGAAUAGUAACGCAGCAAAUUGUACAAAGCACAAAACAAGAAAAAAAAAAAACAAAAAUUAUUUUACAUUAAAAUAAUCUAUAUAUAAGUUCAAGUUCGAUUAGAAUCUCAACAAAUUCAAAAAUCAUAUCACACAAUAACAACAAGAAAAAUGAGUACAUUAAAAAUAAAUGAAAUCAACAAAUGCAAUGAUGAUGGUGCUAGUGAAAAUUUACUUCCCGUUAAGACUCCAAAAGAGACCGAUGACACAACGAAUGGUAAACUCAAGGCAUUCGAAGAGGCAAUAACAUUUUCCGAAGCUCUGGAAAGAACCAAAUAUGGCAAAUUUAAUUACUUCCUCAUAAUAAUCUCGGGCCUUGUAUUGGCCAAUGUCCUGCUGGAAACUUCCGCUGUGGCCUUUUACAUGCCCGUAGCUCACUGUGAUCUUCAAUUAACAAAUAGUCGUAAGGGUCUGCUGAGUGCCAUAGGCUAUGUGGGCAUGAUUGUCAGUUCUCAUUUGUGGGGAUUUUUGGCCGAUACGCGGGGUAGAAGGCGUGUCAUUAGACCCACAUUAAUAGCUGGCUUUGUGGUAACAGUGGUCUCAAGUUUUGCCACAAACUUUUGGAGCAUGUUGGUGCUAAGGCUAAUCAACGGCAUAUUUGUCUCUGGUGCCUCCGCUACAAUUUAUGCCUAUAUUAGCGAAUUUCACACUGAUCGCACACGUUCCAAAGUCAUGAUGAUCUCUUCGUUUAUAUUUGCCAUUGGUGCCAUGUUUAUGCCUUUCCUUUCGUUUGCGGUCAUUAAUCGUGAAUGGCGUUUGGAUUUGUCUUUUAUGGGUCUGGUGUAUAAGCCAUGGCGGCUAUUUGUUAUUGUCUGUGGUAUCCCUGGUCUAGUGUGCGGUAUUGCCAUGUAUUUCUUGCCGGAAAGUCCUAAAUUUUUACUAUCCAUGAACAAAGAAGAAGAGACCAAGGAAGUGUUGCAGCAAAUGUAUAGGAUGAAUGGCGGAAAGGAUGAGUUGGUGAUUCCCCACCUACUCUCCGAAGAGGACAAUACCGAAGUAAUCGAAACUAAAGACAAAGGGUCCUAUAGCAUAUUCAGUUUCUUGGCCACAAUGUGGAAUCAAACAGUGCCGCUGUUUCGAAGGAAGUAUAUACGCACAACCACCAUUGUUUGUACCACACAAUUCUGGCUUUAUGUCAUUACCAAUGGCCUAUACAUGUGGUUCCCCUACAUAGUCAAUGCCAUGGGAGAAUUUAUGAAAAAUCAUCCAGGAGAGAAUAGAAAUCUAUGCCGAAUUGUCUACGAUAAACAUGACAAAAUGGAUCUAAGUGUUAACAAUUCGACCUUAAUCGAUUGUCCGGAUAAAUUAGAGAACACCACCUACAUGUAUUCCCUGCUCAUGGAAAUCCUCUAUGUCUCCACAUUUGCCGUUAUAACGCUGAUCAUCAAUCGUGUUAGUAAAAUAGUCAUAAUGGUCACCAUGAUCAUAUUCUGCAGUUCAUGUGGUCUGGCCGCUGUUUGGCUUCCUUACACUUCCAUAUCGGCCAUAUUAUAUGUGAUACUAUUUUUGGUGGGUAUUUCCAUUAAUGUUCUGGGAGCAGCCACUGUAGAUCUAUAUCCCACACAAUUGAGAGCCAUGGCCAUGUGCGUCUCCCUUAUGAUGGGUCGCAUUGGCAGUGUGGUCGGCACCAAUAUUGUUGGGGCCCUGGUGGCCAACUAUUGUGAGCUGACUUUUUACAUUUCCUGCUUUGCCAUGCUGUCAUGUGCACUGUUGAUUCUUUUCUUACCACGAAGUAUUACUUCAGAAAAGUCACCAUCUACACCAGAAAAUGCCUAAAGGAAUCUUUGUCUAGCAUUUUAACUUGGGAGGGGGUUGUAAACCAAUUAGAGAUACUUAAAUAUGGAUACUUAAGUUUAGUGAUAUUUUUGCCUCAAAGUAGUUAGAUUUUUUAUAAGACCAACAACAACAACACACAAAUUGUAUUUUAUUAUUAUAAGUAGAUAUGGAAUAAAUAUAGAAGAAGAAUCCGAAA